UUGAGAUGUCGGUAUCCCUGUUUAUUUGUAAACAUGUGUUAAUUUCUCAAUUCGAACAUAUGGCUUAAACGUCCAUCAAAAUCAAGAAAAAUUGAAUUUGAUACGUUCUUGAAAUGUCUGUAGAGCCUAACAUUGCAAAAGAAGCUGUACUUAAGCGUAGUGAAAAUAUUGCUGAAGGUACUCCAAUUGUCCAGGGAUAUGAUUGGAAUCAGGGAAUUGAUUACUCCAAAUUAUUACAGUCGUACGUACAUACAGGUUUCCAAGCUACUAAUCUUGGUUUGGCAAUAGAAGAAAUAAACAAAAUGCUUGAUUGCAGGGAGAAGCCACUAAAUCGAGAUGAAGAGGAUUUACACGAAACAGACGAAUUCAUAAGACGGAAACACAGUUGUACGAUUUUUAUCGGUUUCACCUCUAACUUGAUAUCGUCGGGUCUUCGUGAGACGCUGCGAUUCCUUGUUGAACAUCAAAUGGUGGAUUGUGUGGUGACGACAGCAGGAGGAGUUGAGGAGGACUUUAUUAAGUGUCUUGCACCUACAUACAUGGGCUCAUUCGAGUUACCAGGGCGAGAUUUACGCGAUCGUGGUAUAAACCGGAUAGGGAAUUUGCUUGUGCCGAAUGACAACUAUUGCAAAUUUGAAGAUUGGUUAAUGCCAUUACUAGACGAAAUGGUCGAAGAACAGAAAACUAAAGGAAUUAUUUGGUCUCCCUCGCGCAUAAUACAACGGCUGGGGGAACGGAUUAAUAAUCCGAGCUCAAUAUACUAUUGGACAGCAAAACAUAAAGUACCAGUAUUUUGCCCGGCCCUCACCGAUGGCAGUCUUGGUGAUAUGAUGUAUUUCCAUUCCUUCCGCCAUCCAGGAUUAGUGGUGGAUAUUUUGUCUGAUUUGCGGCGUUUAAAUACAAUGGCCGUAAAAGCAAAGAAAUCUGGAAUGAUUAUAAUUGGUGGGGGCGUCAUCAAGCAUCAUAUAUGUAAUGCCAACCUGAUGAGAAAUGGGGCCGACUUUUCAGUUUUUAUUAACACUGCUUCUGAAUUUGAUGGUAGCGACAGUGGCGCUCGCCCAGAUGAAGCUGUAUCUUGGGGCAAGAUACGAAAAGAUGCCACACCAGUGAAAGUGUAUGCAGAAGCUAGUUUAGUAGUGCCUUUAAUUGUUGGGGAGACGUUUGCUAAAAGGUAUUUUAGCAAAGUUAAUAAAUCCGCGAAAUAAACAAUGGUGAUCUAAACUCGA